AUAUACAUUAGCAGCAUCUACUCAGCACAAAGCCUUACAAAUCUAGCAAUCUAUUGAAGAUUCCAACAUGAAAUUAUUUUGGGUCACUCUGAUUGCUGCAGUCUCCUCGACUCUGGCUAGUCCGGUCGCCGAAGCCGCUCCCAACGCUGCACCAGAAGCUGACCCAGGAUAUGGCGAUUACGGUGGCUAUGGUGCAUAUCCGCCUCCAAAAGGAGGUUAUGGAGACUAUAAAAAUUACCCAGCGCCAAAGGGAGGAUAUGGAAAUUAUGGAAAAUAUCCAUGAAAACAGCGGUGUGUGAAUCAUAAGCUACAAGAAAUAGCUUGUCUCAUGAAUGAAGGAAUAUCUGGGUCUCUGUCAACAUCCGCUGGCAAAUAUUCUAUACCCAAUUGAAUCAAUAAAUCACAGU